AUGAAACCUGUUAUUAUCGAACUCUACGACAAGGGGGAUAAUCUUCCAAACAAAGAGGAGCUGGAAUCCAAGUAUGAAGUGAUUAGAUAUCAUGUAACUACCAAGGAGAAAUUCUUUGAGGACAUUCAACACCAACCACUGAAUGAGGCUGUUGCUAUAUUUGCAGGCUACCCUGGAUUCAAAGCAGUAGGUGGUCUUCAUGAGCAUUCUCUUAUAGAUCUUUUGCCAUCCACCCUCAAAGUCAUUGGAUUAUGCUCUGCAGGUAUGGAUGGUCUGGACGUUGCAUAUUUAAAUGCAAAGGGUAUCCAAGUUACUAAUGUGCCUGUUGAUGAACAUAUUGCAAUGGAUGUAGCUGACUGCGCCUUAUGGCAUGUCCUCAAUGGUGUUCGGAAAUUCAACUAUUGGGAUCAUUUGCUGAAAAACGCUGGUGUCGAUGGUCAUACACUUGAAAUUCGGGAAAAUGUUAGAAACCACUACACUGAUAAGAAAGCAUCGGGCUUUGCAUUUGGCCAUUUAUUCCAUGGCAAAGAGGUUCGCCGGAGUCAUAAUAGAAAAUGUGUUGUUUUGGGAUAUGGUUUAAUUGGUAAACAAGUCGUUAAUAGAAUGCUAGUCAUUGGAAUGGAUAUUAAUGUGGUUGUUAGAAAUCCUGAAAAAUAUCAAACUGAGUCGAAUCCAAGGAUCACGAUUUACUCAUCUAAAGAUUUAGUCAAUGCAACUAAGGGUGCUGAUGUUAUUGUUAUUUGCUUGCCUGGUUGUAAGGAAACUAACGAUAUCAUCAAUGAAGAGAUCUUUCACAAUUUGAACGAUAAUGCAAUCAUUGUUAAUGUUGGACGUGGUUCGUGUAUUGAUACUAAAGCAUUACAAAAUGCUAUUGAAUCGGGUAAGGUCGCACAUACUGGUCUCGAUGUGUUCCCUAACGAACCAAUCGUUGAAAGAUAUUGGCUCGAUGAACAUUCAAUCAAUAAUAAAAACCCGUUCUUUACAAGCUCAAUUACUCCUCAUUUGGGUAGUAGUACAUCGGAAACUUUAGAUUAUGCCAACUACUCUUGCGUUGAAACCAUUCUAUCAAUUUUGCAAGAUAAAUAA